AUGAACCUGAAAUUUUUUCUUUUCCUUUUUAUUACUCUCGUAUGACAGAAGUACCUGCUUUUCAAAAAGUUAUCACACGCUCUUAUGAAGACGUUCAAGUUAGUCCUGAAGGCAUUGAUACAGCUCAGUUCUUAGAAGCAACAAAGAGCAUGAUUGAUAUGUUUGACUUGUUUGGAAGUUCUGCUUUCAGUGUAGUUCAGAAUGAUAUGAGAAAUAAUGUUAUCAAGAUUGAAUCAAAGUUUCAAGAAAAUCCUACUGAAUACAACACACUAGAGAAUUUAAUGGCCAAAGAGGCUUACUUGAAACGACGUGUAGCAACCGAAGCAGUCUUAUGGCUCAAGAGAGGACUCGAAUUCACUGCAAAAUCACUUUUACAUAGUCUUGAUCACCCAGAAGAUGAACUCACUGUAUCCUUCUCUUUAGCAUAUGAUAGUGUUCUUCGACCUUACCAUAGUUUUAUUGUUCGACCUAUUUUUAAUCUUGCCAUGAAUGCUUGUCCUUGGAGAAGAGACUUUUAUGAACGAAUUGGUGUUCAAACACCUGAAUCUACUUUAAUGAUGCGAAACUGGUUACUUUCUUUAAUUAAAUUACUCGAUAUACUCAAUAAGGAUUUUGAAAAACAUCCUGAAUAUUCGAACCAUUAAAUAGUGUAGUUUAUUAAUAAGAAUAAAAAAAAAAAGAGAAAGACUGGUAUGAUGCAUAAGAUGAAAAAAAAAAA